AUGAGCGGCUUCCGCAGCCUGGGCGACGAGGAGCCCGUGGAGUUCGAGUGCCAGCUGUCCGGCAAGGGCCUGGAGGCGACGGCCGUGACGGGCCCCCAGGGCGCCGACUGCUGCGGCUCGCACCGCCGCCCGGCCUCCAAGAAACGAUACAGGAAGAUCAGGUGCUACAACUGUGGCGAAUUCGCGAACCACAUCGCUGCCAAGUGCAGCAUGGGCCCGCAACCGAAGCGCUGCCACCACUGCAAGUCGGAGGAGCACCUCAUCGCCGACUGCCCCACGCGCCCCGAGCGCGCCCGGAAGGCGGGGGCGGGCGCGGGCGCGGGCUCCGCGGAGGGCGACGCGGAGGGCGAGGGGCCCCCCUCCCCCAGCCCGGCGCCCGAAGGCAGCGGCGAGUAACCUCCCCGCGGCCCGCGCCCAGCAGCGCCUUCAAAUCGGCGCACAAGCUAACGAGCCACGAUCCGCAGCACAACAGCUCCCGAGACGCAAGGGACGCCCCGACGCACGCUCUCUCUCUCUCUCUCAAGUACAAAGGCACGCACCAAGAAACAACUACGAAACAAAAUGGGAGUAUAUUAUUUUUCUCUUUUUCAAAUGUAUAGACGUGAACCCCGACGGGCAAUAAGUCUGUCUGUAGAAAUGAAACUAAAAGGGAUGAGAAAUAUAACAUCCUAGUAUUUAUUUAUUUUAAGAUAUAUGAUUGUUUUUUAUAAAUUGUUGAACCAAAGAAUAUUUUAAAUUAUUUUUCAUAACAUGGAAACCAAUGUUAUGAAAAAAUGUUUCAAAUAUGUCUACAAAUGGAAUUUAAUUUUUUAAUAUUCAACAGAUUUUUUUUUCUUAAAACAACAUCUUUUGGAGUAAUAUGUGCAAUGAAUUUGGAGCAAAACUACAUCUACGAUAUUUUUAACAAAUGAUGUACAUUAUAUUUUAGAAAUACUUUGACGUCCUUCACAAUGAGAGUAAAUUCGUCAACUAGACACAAUGACUGGAUUAAUAAUGAUUUUAUUAUUAUUAUGAUUAUUGUUAUUAUAUUUUAUUAUUAUUAUUAUUAUUAUUAUUAUUAUUAUUAUUAUUAUUAUUAUUAUUAUUAUUAUUUCAAUUCACAAUUCUGUGUUUUCAAUUGAACUGCACAUUCUUAUCUCCCAUUCAACAAUAUUUUACACAUUCUUCAGUCAGUUCAUAUUUUGUAUUUUCCUUCAGCUUUGAAAUUCAUUUCUCUCUUUCUCUCAUUGUGUAGGAUGUCAGACUUAUAUAAAGCUUGCAAUAUAAGGCUCUAUGUACAUGAAAAAAAAUCUCUUUCUGAAAAUAACAUGAUUAAUUGUAUGAAGUGAUAUUUUAACAAAAUUGAUUCUCAUUUUCCUACAGUUGCUCAAAAUAAUGUUCUUUACAAUAGUAUAUAUGUAUAUAAUCUACUAUUUUGUCCAAGGUAUUGUUUCAUACAAAAGACAACUGGUAUUGUCAGAAAUUGAUUUUUGAAGUUGUACAAUGUUGUGCUGUGAAACGGGUCUGGUCUUGGGUAAUGAUUUGAUAAGAUAGGUGCAAGAGUGUAUCAGUACUUAGCCAGUAAGGACAUACCAACUAUCACUGAGAAUUUGUGUAUUUGCCAAAAUAGGAAGGACAGUUUACCACUACGUGCCUCCAUAAUGCAGAGAACAUUACUGAAAUAUUUUUUGAAUGAUGUUCUACAAUGGAAUAUUAAUUCUUAUGCAAGCCUAUUAGCUGAUUAGUGACUCCCAAAUGCACUUCACAUAUGAGACUUUGGGUCAGCUAAUAUUUCCUCAGUGGUUUGGCAAUAUUACUUGCACAGUUUAUUUGUAGGGACCUUCUACUGUUUGUAUUUUUGAAAAUCCUGUAAAAAGAUCAAAUUUUCAUGAAGUAGUAAAGCUAAGGGACUAGCCUGGAUCAUUUCUGAUAACAAUAUGAGAGAAUUCCAUAAUUUCUUCUAUAUUUGACAGGUGCAGUAAGAAACAUUUCUUAUUUUACCUCUCACAAUAAAAAAAUCAUACUUUUUUGCUGGUAUAUUCUGAAUAGUUAUAACGGUAAAUGUUCCUAAGAUGCUAUUAUCAACCACAAAUUUUCAAAGAAUUUAAUAUUACCCUUAGAGACUGGUUCAAUGUAUUUCCAAUAACUAACAGGCUUGCCAGCUAAGUUACUAAAAGGUCAGUUAUGUACAGGUACAGUGUUAUGUCUAUGCCAUCAGCAGUACCCUACAUCCUUUUAUUAUGACACACACUCAGGUACAGGUAAUAAAUUUAAGAACAGAGAAAAUAAAGCGCAAUUCAAUUGAAUUGAUUUUUUGGAUAUCUUUUGUGGGAUAAGACUAAGAAAAAGGCCAAGAAAUUAUCAAUAUAUUUGUAUGGAGACUAUUUAUUAUUUAUAAUGAUCAUGUUUGUUCUUAAGAAAGCCUUUUUAGCUUGCAAGACAAAUACGUCAUUGUUCAUGUUAAAAAACUGACAUUUAUGUUUCAUUAUUGGAUUUCUGUCAACUUGAAAGUACAGUUUGAAGGAACUUACUCGAGUUCUUUAAAACACAAUUCAUAUUGAAUUUGGUGGACCAAGUAUUUUGCUAAAGUAUUGAUCAGUGCUAUUUUGUUUCAUGCUAUAUAUGUGAAAGAGAUUUGUGAAAAUAUGAAGGGAAAUAUGAUCCUUCUCAUAUUUGCUCUCCAGAUAUUAAUAAUUUGUUCAAAUAAUACUAGCGUAACCCUUGCGAACCUUAUAAAUCAUAGUUUUAAAAGUAGAGCUUUAGAGCUUUGUAUUGGAUGGCCAGCUCAUGAUCUAUACGUUAGAACAUUAUUAGUCGUGAAUCAUGCCUGAUUUAACAUUUAAAAAUUACUAGGUGUUGAAAUUAAAUUUCACCAAAAAUCAAAUCGCUUCAAUUAUUUCAUGAAAUAUUAUUUCUGUCUCUAAUCUUUGAAGUUAAUUUUACAUACAUUCUGAGUGGCUGCUUGUAUCUUGAAUCCCAGAAGAGCUAAAUCUCCAAAAGUGUAACACAAGGUUAAAUAUGGACUCAUUUUAUAGAAUACUGCUUAAGAAACGUAACUUGGGGCCUCACCAUUGUGUCUCACCAUUUCUCCAGCCGUUCCCACCUGGGGGACAUCAGGCCUAGGACAAGCUGUUUUUUUAAGUUAUGCACAAUUAUAAAAAGUUUUGUGGUAAUAUGGUCUCAAUGUCAUAGUAAACUUUAAUAUUUUUCAUCUUAAAUAUCUCUGAUGCAGGAGUAGGAAGUAAUUAUCUGUCCACAAAAUGAUAAUUAGAACAUUUGGUAUCUGAUAAGUAGAACACUUAUUGUUAUGUAUAUUACACUAAAGGAUAGAUGAUGGUUUUCUCAUUAUUUUAUAAGAAACCAUUGAUAAGUGUUCUACUAAUUUUGUGUGUGUGUGUGUGUGUAUAUAUAUAUAUAAAAUACACUCAUUGUUCAUGUUAAGGUUGCUGAUCUUUCCAAUGUAAAACAAAUUGUAAAUUUUUAUUAUAUGCUGUGUUUGAUAAACUGAGUAAAAUUAUUCUAAUGUCUGGAGAGCACACUAAUCUUGAGGCCUUUUACAAAAUAUUACAAAUGCCUGAUAAUGUAUCAUGAAAAUGCUGAUAGAAUAUUUAGUUAUUUAUGCAGUUUCAGAUAUAAGUGAUAGUAAUCUUUAACUGAAGUCAGUUAAUUUUAAUUCUCUCAAGUACAUUUAAUACAGUUUUAGAUUUUCAUUCUCUGUUUAUGAAUGCAGAAUGGUUAUGCUGUAAUGUAAGGGAGCAUUUCAUUGCCUGACAAUACUAAGGUUCCUAUAUGAAAGACUACCAUUGAGAAACUACCUCAAACAAAUAUAUAAUAAACCAUUUUUUUCUAGAAAAGUACAAGAAUGUAAUUUAGUUUUUUUAGAUUAUAGGAUACUUUCAUUUCACUGUUGUAAUUACUAAACUCUGGUAUCUCUAUGUGCAUUCUUAUGGGUUAGAAUGAAUAAUCCUAAAUGUAUGUCAUGAGAAAGCAACUAAUGUUCAUGUGACUGUUCAACAUAAACUUCUGUGUUUUAAUUUUUAUUGAAAAUUUCAUUUUUAUAAUUAUGAUUGAAGUUUUGGUAGUCAAGAGUGUGUGAGAAAAUAAAAAUGCAUUUAUUAAGAAGGUAUCAUUUAGCAAAUAAUGAUAAAUAAGACUGGUUAUCAAAGAUAAUUGGAAAUAUUAUGCCAAGGAAUCUCUAUUCAUAGAUCCGAGUCAGUUUCAUAAAUGUAAGUGAGAAAUUAAAUGUAGUACCUUAGUUCUUCAUAUUUUUUAGUUGAGAAUCUCAGUGCACUACAAUGCAAAUAUUCCUCCGUAUCUUAUUUCCAAACACAGAAUCUGUACUUUUUUGUUGGGCAGUUAAAAAUUAAUCAAGUGAACUUUAAAAAGUUUUAGAAGAAUGAAAUCUAUACCUUCAUCUUCUAUCUAAAACUUCUUGUAGUGUCAACACAGUAUUUAUUUACUUUUUAUAUAUUUUCCAUAUUCAUAAUGUGGCACAAGUGUAACUAAUAUUUUGUUACCUCAGUACCAUAAACUUGUAAUCUAAAUUUCAAUGUCCUAGGCAUUGUUUCCGUACUUCUUUAGUGAUUAAUAUAAUUUAAAACAAAUGUUUUUGAAGACGAUUUCCUACCCUCAGAUUAGCUUAUUUAGUCAUAUUUUAAAGAAAUCGUACAGUAAAAUACCAUUUGCAUAUUUUAAAUCAGGGUAAAAAUGUUACCAACCAGUAUCACUAAACAUCUAUAAAAUAGCUUCUUGUAAUGUUUCAUCAUUACUAUGUACAAUUAAGAAUCUCAGGGAUACAUCUAUAGAAAUGUUAUUUUCAUACACAAGCAGUUCUCUACUAUACAUUAUCCAAUAAACAUCAAUUAUUGUACAGAAAUAAUUGUUUUAGAAUAAAUUGAAUAAAAUAUUUUGAUGCA